GUAUAUGUUAAAAACUUAUGUUCAUGUAGCGUAAGUUCGAUUCUAUCAUGAGCUCAACCUGCAAAUAUUUUUCAAUAUUACUGGUUGUUUUGUUCGGGAUCUGCUUAAUAAGAACAUUCGUAAUUGUCAAUUUAUCCAAAAAGAAACUUCCGAAAUGCUCGAAAAAUGAGAACCAUGCAUUUAUCGAGGUUGAUUGGAAAAGAUGGGAAAGAUUUAAAGAUACUUUACGAAUGGAAACAAUUUCUUAUGAAGCAAAUGAACAAAACAAAGACGAGUUGAAGAAGCUCGUAGAAUAUAUAAUCCAAGCACACCCGACGAUAUUCAAAUCCAAGCAUGUACAAUAUGAAAUAGUAAAUGGGUACAGCCUUCUCAUUCACGUACAAGGAAGAGACAAAUCACUUCUACCUUAUCUACUUGCCGCUCAUCUCGAUGUUGUUCCUGUCGUUGAACAUGAGUGGUCGGUUGAUCCUUUUAGUGCUAUCGAAAAUAAGGAUGGAACGAUAGUCUAUGGAAGGGGAACACUGGAUGAUAAAGGGUCUUUGAUGGCUCAACUUGCUGCACUGGAAUACUUUUUGGAAAUAGGAUUAGUGCCGCAGAGAAGUUUUUACAUUGCACAUGGCCAUGAUGAGGAGAUUUCCGGAUAUCAAGGUGCAAAACAUAUUGCAGCAACAUUAAAGAAAAAAGGUGUCGAUCGUUUGCAUUUUGUACUAGACGAAGGUCUCGUCGUGACGAGGGGCUUGUUUGGGAGUAUGGACCAGGACUUGGCAUUAGUUGGGGUCACCGAAAAAGGCAUUGCGUUUUUGAAUCUAAGUGUUGAAAUUCAUGGUGGACAUUCAUCUAUGCCAGCAAAAGAAACAGCGAUCGGAAUUAUGUCUGGAGCAAUAUCAAGACUUCAAUCAAAUCAAAUGCCGGGUAGAAUUGACAACCUCAUGACAGAAAUGUUGGAAUCAUUGGCACCUGAAAUCGGCUUUCCGACUAACAUUGUUUUAAGUAACAUAUGGUUAUUCAAGCCACUUUUAUGUUGGCUGUUGUCAAAUAAUCAGAUGCUGCAAGGCGGAGUGAGAACUACGACUGCCGUUACAAUUAUGCGAGGUGGAAUGAAGGGCAAUGUUAUUCCCUCAUCUGCUUCGGCUAUUGUUAAUCACAGAAUACAUCCUUGGGAUUCACUGGAUGAUGUUCUGCAACACGAUCAACGAAUUAUAAACGACGAUAGAGUGAGAAUAACUGUGUUGCACGAAAGUGAACCUCAUCCUAUAUCACCAUUUAGUCGAUCAUCAUCAAUCACUUAUCAACUUUUAACGGAUACAAUAGAACAAAUCUUUGAUAACGUGAUAAUCGGACCUGCUGCCUUAGUGGCGAACACCGACACAAGGCAUUAUCUAACAUUUUCGGAAAAUAUUUAUCGUUUUAAUCCUAUGGUCUUAACAAAAGAUGAAAUAGCCAGCAUCCACGCAAAGAAUGAAAGAAUAAGUCGAGAUAAUUUUGAAAAAAUGAUCAACUUUUAUUUUCAUCUAAUGAUUAAUUCAGACAGAACAAAACUACGCGAAAUAACGGACAAAAAAGGAGAACUUUAGAAUAUUUAUGAAAACAAAUAUAUAUUUUUUCUCUCCAAUUUUAUUUAUGCUAUUUUUCAAACUUCAACGCAUGUUUUAAAUUGAGAAUUUGCCAUCUGUACUCAUUUCAUUUUAAAUCAUAAUUUGAAGUAAAAAUCUUAUGAACAAUCAAAUAGUAA